AUGUCGUGUCAUCAAAGUCUAGCGUCCUACGUCGGACGAAACGGACCACGUGUCAUCGUAGAUUCGGACAACGUCUCGGGCGCAGCUAGAGAGUCGAUCGAGCUUGAUUGUGAAACAAAGGCUGGCGCCGAUAAUACAUGUGGUAGAAUGGUAACGGUAAGAAAGUCGAGCAGAGAGCGGAGAGGUAUUGCUGGGUCUGAGACUCGUGGUAUCGGGGCCCGAUGGAGCGAGGUUGCCAGCUUUCUAACAGAGGCCCCGACGGUGUUGCGAGAUCGCGGAGGCGACGUUGUCGGACGUUUGGAAGAGGUGGAAGAAGAAAAAGAAAACGAGGAGGACUUGGCAGAGGGUGGAUGGAAGGAGGGAGAGAAGAAAGAGAGGUUCUCGCCAUCGAAGGUAAGCGUAGAAAAGAAGCUGGCGAGAUUCAAGAGAAGCGUGUGGCGCAGAGGGCACGAGAGGCGAAGAAGGGGCCAGCCGGAGCUCUCGGUCACCGGCACGACUGUAGGACGUAACCGCGGCCCAGCGGUGUUGCCGCUUCCUAGUAAUUCCCCGGCUGCCGCUUUCGGGUCCGAGUCCGAGUCCAGGCUGUUGCUUCUCGACAGAGAUCUCUCCACGAUUCUCGUUUCUCAGUUCGGGGACCAUCUGCUCGCCCUCAGGCCUUUGAAUCUUUAA